AUGUCGAAGAGCCCUGACUACUACAAAAUCCUCGGCGUGUCCAGUGAUGCGAACCAGCAGCAGAUUCGUAGCGCAUACAAACGGGAAUCACUGAAGUCCCAUCCUGAUCGAGUCCCUGCCGAUUCCCCCGAACGACCAGCACGGACAGCUAAGUUCCAAGAGAUCAACGACGCUUACUAUACCCUGUCGGACCCUGCGCGACGACGUGAGUACGACCAGAUCCGCGCAUACGAGGAGGCUGAAGAAGAGGUCGACGAUGAGGUUCCCCAGGGCGGCGCCGGUGGCUUCCCAUGGUCCAGCUUUGGAUUCGGCAACCGCAGCGAGCGCGAUGCCGACCAGUUUGGGUCAGUGUUUGAAGAGAUGAUGCGCGAAGAAGGGCUGGCAGAAGAGAACGACGAGGGCGGCAGCCGACGGACCCGCCCAACAUCCCGAUUCUGGGCCAUCGUUGGUGGUGUCAGUGGGGGCGCUUUGGGAUUCAUCGUGGGUAACGUCCCUGGUGCACUGGCUGGCGCCGUGGCGGGUAAUCGCCUGGGCGCCGUUCGUGACGCCAAGGGCAAAAGUGUCUAUGAGGUUUUCGUGGAACUUCCGCAGCCAGAUCGGACACGGCUCUUGAGUGAACUGGCGGCAAAGGUGUUCCAGACUACUAUGGGACGCUAG